AUAUACUUUAUCUUUUAGAAAAAGUUAUCGAGAACUUAUCAGAGGUGAAGUUAACCACUGCGCAUUCAUGGGACUGUCGCAUCUUGUUUUUUGUUUUUUACUACACUGUGCAUUCGCUUUUAGUGCAGUUCUCUGAUGCAGAGGGAAAGAACAAACCUGUGGUUAUUUAUAGACAGAUGAUUAUUCAGCAUUUUGAACAAAACUCGUUAUAUUUGUAUUUAUUCCUCUUUGCUGUGGCCCAUUGCAAAAGCAGUAUAUGUUCUUUAUGAACAGCAUAGGCGAGACAUGCAACGAAUUGAAGCAACAGUAUGACUCCUGUUUUAACACGUGGUUCUCUGAGAAAUUCUUGAAAGGUGACACGAAUGACAGCACAUGCUCGCACUUAUUCAAAAUGUAUCAGCAGUGCGUUAAGAAAGCCAUGAAGGAACAUCAUAUUGAACUCAAGGACAUGGAGACAAAUUACUUGGAAAGUGAUAAAGAAAAAAAACCUCACAGUUGACAAGCUCACACUUCAAUUCUAUGUAGCUUCUUUAUGAAUCAGUAACGAUGCAAAUGGUAAAACUACCUCGAUCAUUCCUACUUUUUAUUCUGAAAUGAUGAAUAAUGUUAAUUUAGAUUUAGUUUCUCCCAUCUGUUUAUUUUUACCGAGGUAAUUAAUCGCGAUCAUGUCUCUUGAUUAUCACAACAAAUAUGUACAUUUUUGUUUGUAAAGUUUUUAUUAGUUCAUAUCAAAGUUUUGUCAUAGAGGCAUUGGAACAAAAUCUAUAUAAGAAAACAAACUUCAAAUUAUUGUUGAAUGAAUGUGGAAAUUUAUAAAUAAUCUGUACAAAAAAAACAUGUAGGGCCGAUUGUUCCACCUUCCGGAUAAAUCUCAGCUUACUCGACGGGUUAUCUAUAGGAUAGGAACCUUACUAGCGCAACCUCCACUGUUUUCUAUUUCUACAUAUUCAUCUGUUAGAUACGACUUACACAAUACCGAGAGUGCCGUAUAAUAUUCUCUUUUGGUUUCUAGUCAUUUACCAGAUAAAUAAAUUUUAUUGAAACAACAACGCAAAUUAGAGUUUUAACCAUUAGAUAGAUUACCCGAUACUUUUAUCUGAAGAUGGAACAACCGGUUUUUAUGUAAAAAGGAUAAAAAUUUCCUUUACAAAAAGGACACGUGUAACUAUGUAAAUCGUUUCAUUCAGAUCUCAAUAAUAUAAUUUAAUUACAAGAGGUGA